GUUACUCAAGUGCAAUCUACAACUCAGUGGAUCAACUUAACUAGCCUCCCUCCCUCUCAAAGACAAUCUUACAUCUUAGAUUUUAUUAAAUCAUUCAAUAUGACCAAAACUCUGUUGACAAUUUAAUCGCUGAGAACGUUUUCUACAAUCGGAAUCCAAUUCCUGCUAAAGUUCUUCCAUGGCCGCGGUUUGUAGACAUAUGCGGCAAUUUUCUGGACUAAGAGAUUUAGGGAUUUCGAGACUAGUACCAUCGUCUUCCUUUCAAACUUCAAUAUUCGAUCCAUAUUUUUCAACCACAAGAUCUUUUUCACAUUCUCAACUUGUCAAAUCCAGUGGAAAACACUUGUUUCUCGUUGACACGUUGGCCCUUGUUAGGAGAUUGGAAGGACAAGGAGUGCCUUCGAAACAAGCGGAGGCUAUCACCGCUGCUAUAACGGAAGUGUUGAAUGAUAGUCUUGAAAAUGUUUCUCAGGCAUUGGUAUCAAAAGGAGAAAUGCAGAAAACUGAAAUGAUUCAAGAGUCCAACCUGUCCAAAUUCAAAUCAGAAGUACAGAGCUCACAGGGGCACCAUUUUUCUCUGUUGCAACAUGAGACAGAGAAGCUUAGGAAUGAUAUAGAGAAGAUGCGCAGUGAAUUGAGAUAUGAAAUGGACAAGGUCACUGCUGGGCAGCGAUUGGAUUUGAACCUUGAAAGGGGGAGAACUAGGGAGGAAUUGUCAAAUCAGAGUGCUGAAACUAACAACCUGACAAACAAACUAGAUAGGGAGAUACAUUCUUUAAGAGCACAACUGGAAGCAGCUAAAUAUGAGGUCAUAAAAUACUGCAUAGGAACACUCGUUUCAAUCUCUGCUGUCGGCCUGGCUGUUCUCCGUAUCUUGAUGUGAACAGAUUGUACGAUUUCUCAGUUAACAUCGAUAAAUCCAGACGGAAAAGCAUCAAGAGUAGCUAUUUGGAAGAUGUUGUAUGUUCUGUCAUAAACAAUUGCAAAUUUACAGUACAUAACUAGUAGAGCUGUGAAGGAAUUAGCUCCCCAACAGGCAAUUUUGGGCCUUUUUUUAAGCCCAGUUGUUUUUACUAAUAGUCUUUUAAUUAUUCAUUGGGAAUGCUUUUAGGACA